AUGCCAACGCCCGAUGAUGAUAUAGUCAAAGCUGUCAUUGAAAUGCUUCAAGAAAAAUCCAUGGUAUCCACCGUUUCUCCCGUACGCCUCGUACGUAGUCCUGAAUUAGUUCCCAAAUCUAUGAGCGAAUUAUUGGAUCGCCGUUGUAGUACUGAUAUGAAUGCUAUGGGGCCCCAUGCAAUGUCCCAGGCUGAAAGAGUAUACAGCGAGCUUAAGAAUACUAGUAAAGGCAGGGUCAUUGGUAUCAUUGGUUCAGGUAUCGGUUACCGUCAUCCUGUACUCGGCAAACGACGCUUUGGAAAAGGUUGCAAGGUGGCAACGGGAGACGAUUAG